UGUCCUUCUGACGUGAUGUGCAUGUGUCUGCGGGAUAAUCACCUGUCAUCGCGGGUAUAUAUAGCGGCGAGAACAGCGUGUGGCAUUCAGGCAAGGAGAUCAUCCGGCGGACAGAACCUCUCCUCACAGACGAACCUGCAGGACACGUACGACAGACAAGACAUGCUAGCCAACACCGUAGCCGCUCUCACCGUGUGUGUGGUCGUGUUCUGGACCAUGGACCAAGCGGGGGCCUUACCAAGACCAGCAGAUGAAGACAACAACCCCCUGGCCCUGUCCAACAGCGAUAUGCGGCGGAUCGUGUCGGCACUAGUGCGGGAAGUGGACCAACUGGCUGCCGAGAAACGGGCCGCCCAGAGAGUGUUUGGACCGGGCAAAUGGAAGAGAGACUGCUCCACACUGACGUGCUUCAACCAAAAGCUGGCCCACGAGCUCGCCAUGGACAACCAGAGGACCGACACCGCCAACCCCUACAGCCCCGGCCGCAAGAGGAGGUCUGCCGAGGAGGAGUCCGACCAAUGAUCACGGAACCACGCCAGUGAACGAUGAGGAUACGUACCAUGGAACUCAGACUUCCACUGUGACCAACUCUCAGACAAGCAGUGCAUUUGUCAUUACAGUUCUGAAAGACAAAAACUGAAGGUAGAACAUUUUGUUUUAGGUUUUUUGUUUGUUCGCCGCUUAUUGUAAACUCUUUGUUUUAGACUAGCCGUUUUAGUCUGAUAGGACUGUUUUGACAAGUGUAAAAAUAAAACUUAAACCAUAGGAGAAACGUUCCUGUAGUUAUUGGAGCGAUUUAGUACAUUGUGCACUCCCGGAGAGUGCAGCAUUGAUGUGAAUUUUAUCAGAUCUUUAUCAGAUUAUAAGUUAUGUAACAGUACAAGUCACCAGCUUGGUAAGGCAGCUUUAGAUAGCUUCACCUCAAAAUCAUGUUCAUGUUCUAGGCAUGUUAAUUUUUUUGCUCACGUAUUACACUUAUGUUUCCCGGGGCAACACCCAUGAAGAUUUCAAGGACACCUAGCGAGAAAUACUUGAACGACAUCAAAAUGAUAUUGACAAAACCUUUGCUACAGAUAGUAUGGCAGAAAGCGGAUGACAGUAAGCCGAUGUGUUUGUUCAAUCGUUUUCUAUGGGUUUCAGUUCUUUUGAAAGUCGCCAGAAAAAGUUUUCUACAUCCCCUUCCUCGAUGCAAGCAACACAUAGCCCUCCUUUUCCAACAUUGCCUUUGAAAUAAAACAGAGA